AUGCCGCCAGCAACGAUAAUCUGCAUUGGUAUGGCCGGUGCCGGCAAAACCACCUUCGUACAAAGACUCAAUUCACACUUGAGCUCCAAGGAAGCGAGACCUUACGUGAUAAAUUUCGAUCCAGCAGUGUUAAAGAUUCCUUAUGAACCUAACAUCGACAUAAGAGACUCUAUCAAUUACAAAAAAGUGAUGCAGAAGUACAAUCUCGGACCCAAUGGUGCCAUUGUUACUUCUCUUAAUUUAUUCUCGACUAAAGUCGACCAAGUGAUCAACCUAGUCGAAAAGAAAGCGGACACUAUUCAAAAUAUCAUCAUAGAUACCCCUGGCCAAAUCGAGUGCUUUGUCUGGUCAGCUUCAGGUGCAAUUCUCACUGAAGCCUUCGCAUCUACAUUUCCAACUGUCAUAGCUUACGUGGUGGAUACGCCUCGAACCGCUGCUCCAUCGACCUUUAUGUCGAAUAUGUUAUAUGCUUGUUCCAUUCUCUACAAAACGAAGUUGCCAAUGAUUGUUGUUUUCAACAAAACCGACGUCAAAGACGCUGAAUUUGCUAAAGAAUGGAUGCGCGACUUCGAGAGUUUUCAAAGGGCGCUCAUGGAGGAGAGAGAAAAUGGAAAUGAUGGAUCAUCAUCAGGCUACAUGAAUAGCCUUGUAAACUCUUUAUCGCUCACUCUUGAAGAAUUCUACUCGCAGCUAGAUGUCGCAAGCUGCAGCGCUUAUACUGGGGACGGUUUCGAUGACUUCAUGGAUCUCGUGGGCAAGAAAACGGAGGAGUACGACAAGUACUACUUGGCUGAGAGAAAGGAGCUUCUCAAGAAAAAUGCCGAAAAGGAGAGCCAGAGAAAAACCGACUCUUUGAAUAAACUAGUCAAAGAUCUAGAUAUAAAAGAGGAUGUCAUUGGCCGUGGAAGAGAUUCCAACGUUUUAUCUGACAUCGAAGAUUCUGAGGAAGAAGAGGAGCUGAAGGCUGAGAAGGAUCAAUCGGCUAAAUAG